GUUGAUCUUGUUGAUGAAUUUGGAGGCAAGGCGACGAUGAGUGAGCGUCCUUUUUAUGAUUACGUGGCUUCCAAUGCAAUUAAUGGAGAUACAGGCGCCCAGAAAUCAUGCGCCGUCAUGGACGUCUCAGGGGGAUAUCAAAGUGUCUGGUGGAAAGUGUGGCUGCAGAGGAAUUUCAACGUUGCUGAAAUAAAGAUCCAUUUUCAACCAGCUAGUAAUGUUUUCACUAUAUGAGUAAAUGGGAAAAUACGUUAAAAGCAGAAUGCAACACACAAACAUGAAAUUGAAAUAAAUAAUAAUUGUUGUUUAACACCCACUACCCCAUGCUUGAGGUUUUAGUCGUGUGGAAAAUGAGGCAUAUAUUGGAAAUACAGUGUGAAAUCAACUUCUCUUUCAGUUCCCUCACCUUUUUGUCGAAAUACUAUGCUACCUGUCUGAAACAUGACUUGACGAAUUUAAUAAUAUCUAAAAUUAUUUGUUUCAGCGAUAUAUUGGUCAACAGGAUUUUCAAUAUACGUUUUUGACAAUGAAUCCUUUAUACCCCCUAAUAAUGUGACAGAACAUCUAGUGUACCAUCAUGACCCAUCUACCGGAUGUCUACUACAGCAUAUGAAUAUAACCGUGCACAGCACAGCACACGGCAUCGCUUUCUAUAACACUAGACAAAGGGUCCUACAAUCCAACUGUAACGACAAAAAUGAAAAUAGACAGUUCGUAGAGAUUUGUGAAGUCAAUGUACUAGGUUGUGAUGCCACGCGAUACAGUGAAAAUUGUUCUCAUGAAUGUGACAGAAUAUGUCUAAACCAACACUGUGAUGCCUAUAAUGGUGAAUUUAUAUAUGGAUGUAGUGAACCGCAUCGUGCUGGACCACAUUGUACAGACUGCCAAAAGGGAUACUAUGGAGUAAAAUAUACACAUAAAUGUGGUCACUGCAUCGACAAACACGACUGUAAUAAGACAACUGGCGUUUGCUUCAAAGGAUGUCUGCCGCACUGGAACGGGCCGAAAUGUGAUGAGAAAGGUUCCUCCAGUGGAUUGCACAUUGCUAUAAUCGCUGUUACCUCAACACUCCUGGUCAUUUCCGUAUUGGUGAACGUUAUUCUAGUUUUCCGCAAACAGAGACGGCAAUCCUCAACACAGCAUGUAAAUAACCAACCAGAACAAAAUCAUACCGAAAUGGAGGAAACACGAGAGUACGACAAAAUAGGUGUCAGAAAUACGGACGAGUAUCAAGAGAUGUCGCCCACUGUCAUUGACCAAUCUCCUCAAGACAGAGCUUCCGCUUAUAUCAACUUAUCGUGAUAAGUAGCGCAUUUUCUCACACAAAUAAUUUGUAUCUUCUUUUGAGAUAACGAUAAGGACACCUGUUACCUAAUUGACAAUCCUAUCAAGUUUUUUUUUAUGGUUUAGUAGAAUAAAGUCAAGAAGUGUUAUCCGGAAGUAAACAUAUUUUAUCGACACUGAAAUGGUAUGUCUAGUCUGAACUUUACCUCAAGGAUUGUACCAUGUUUUUGUUUAUAUAUAGAUUGCUUAUUAUAGAAUAUAACG